AUGCAAAGCACCCUUUGCCUUUCCUAUCUCCAUAUCAACUUUAUUCCGAAAACCUCCCACAAGACAAGGUAAUAUCACUCUCACCACCUCGAAUUCCUUCCCAAACUUAGCAUGGGGAAGAUCUGGAUCGAAAUAGGAUUAGUUUCUGCUCGGGGACUCAAACGACCAUCGCUCUUGAAGCUCCAAUGGUUUGCCGUCGGUUGGAUCGAUCCGAAGAACAAGUAUUGCACCAAAAUUGACCCUUCUGGGAAUGCGAACCCCAUUUGGAAGACAAAGUUCGCCACAUUGGUCAACGUCUCUAACUCGGAAUUCCAGGACCUGGCACUCCAUGUAGAAGUUUACAGCAGAGAGCCUAUUUUCCUCCGAGAAAGGCUCCAGGGAACAGCUACUAUUGUCCUCAGAGAGUUUCUGGCAAAGCAUGCAAAGAAUUCUGAUGUUACCAGGGCAACAACAAUUGAAGAAAUGGGGAGUUAUCAGCUAAGAAAGGGAAAUUCCAGCAAACCACAGGGGUUUGUCGAUAUUUCUGUUCGCAUAUCAGAAGAAGGGGCAGAGUCUCAUAAUCACACAGGCAAUGGAGGACUCAUGCUCAUGGAUCGUGGGAAUCACAUAACCGUGACACAUGAAGAUACGUUGGCUCAAGCCUUCCCAACGCGACUGCCCAUAGUUCGACAAAGUCGAGAAAAUCAUCCGCAGACAAACGCCCCAGAAAAUCAUUCAACGCCAAUAGAGGGUAACUAUCACAACCCAUCCGUAGCUGGACCGAGUAAUUAUCCAAUUAGAACAACUCCACCGCCACCUUCAAAUGUUGGUUUCAUACCCACCUUUCUUCCGAGGACAGAAAAUCUGCCAGGGUCUCAUAUGAACAUGUCUCCAUCCGGAGCAGAAGGUGGACAAGGCAGAGGACAGGGGUUUGGAAUGGGAUUAGGCGCAGGAGCACUCGCAGCUGGUGCUGCCAUUUUUGGUGAAGACUUCAUGUCAGGAUUUGAUGUUCCUAGAGGCUUACAGGAUGCUAGUCUUACUGUGUCAAUGGAUCCCCCCUUUCUGAUGAAACAGCAUAUUUUUCACUAAUUUGCCAGUCUUGCGUAAGUUUAAUUGCGUCAAACCCUGUCGGACACUCGAGCAGAGAUUGUACAAGAAAGACCUCAAGCACAGCUCAUCGUACAGCAUAGCAAUGUCAUUUACAAGAUUUUGCG